CUCAGUCUGCACUUAAUGUGAGUUACAGCCUCCACUGUUGGAUACUUCCCACAUCCUGACGUCAGCUGGAUGUGUGAUUUUUCCUCCCCAUCCCAGCCUCAGACUGACGCAUUCACAUAUCAGCUCUUCAGCAGCAACUUGAGCCGCACACACAUCCGCACAUGAACACCACCACCAUGCUCCCUGAGACUGUCCUCCAGCAGUGAUGCCUGCCGUCAGCCCUCCUGCCCCUCUGCUCUGUGUGCUGCUGUGUGUCUCCAUGGCUCUGCAGCGCUCUGACCUGCGCCUGGCCUACGUCACCCACAACAGCUUCUUCUACUACUCCUGCAGCCAGGACCCUCAGCCCUGCAGCGUCUCCUCACUCGCCGACUGCAAGUGCAAGGACAUCCAGCUGUCCUCGCUGCACCGCCCUCAGUCGCACUCGUCUCCUGUGUUCAGGAUGAGGCGUUUAACGAUUUGGUUCACGUCACCAUUCAACACGGCGCGUCUGCUCAACAACUCGGAGGUGAGGCAUCUCACGCUGAUCCACUGUGGCCCAGGAGGAUCCAGAGGGACGCCUUCCCCCUCCCUGGAGGGACACUUUGCCGUGCAGCACCUGGAGAGGCUGACGAUGGUGAACCUGCAGCAGAGGCCGGUUCACAGCUGUCCAGAUGCAAACAGAGCCAAGAACACAGACACGGACAGAGAAAACGGUGCUCGCCUGGACUCAAAUAGAUACAACCGGGAGAGAGACACAAACCUGCAUCUGAUUGCGGACCUGAAGAAGGAAUCCUCUGUGUUUUCCUCCCCCCAGAUCCAAGACAUCCUUCUGGGCAGGGAGCUGGGGGCGGCAUAUCACGAACAGGCCCGUCUGGGAGUCAUCCACAGCUCUGUGCUGGAGUGGGGAGCAGUCGUCAAAGCCUACACAGUCCAGACUCACAUAGACACUGACGGCAUGCUGCCCUUCCCUGACCUCCACCUGCCAAAACUACCAGAGACAUCCGUCAUAUAUGUCAGCUUUGUCUAUUGACACCAAGGAGGUAACGGGGGGAUAUGAUUCAGAGAUCAGCACCUGCAGACAGGCACUUUCUUGCUCCCUUGAGUUCCCAUAUUUUGUAUUGAAUUUAAGAAUUUUGAGUCUGUUUUAUUGCAGACACGACAGGCAAAGACAUUGUUUUUCAUGCACCGGUUAAACUAGAAAUUUUGGACUGUUUUUCUUCCAUGAUCUUAUUUCAGAGACGUGGAAAGAAAAGCUCUAAAAUCACAUUUAGGUGUAAAUUUUUGUCAUUAUUUCUGUUCCAGAAAUGAAGGCAAAUUAGCACAUUUCUAAUGAGAUAGUGCCUCAUUAUCACAGAAGACCAAAAAAACUAAUUACAACUGUAUUCAUGUAAGUAAUUAGCGAAGAUUUCAUGGUGAUAUCUAUUUUUUGUUUGUUUGUUUUUGUUUCUUUUACAUUAUUCACCAUUUCCGCCAAAGAAAGUGCAAGAAAGACAUUUCCUCAAAAUGAGUUUUUGGUUGUUUUUUUUUUGUUAUAUUCUGAGCCAGAAAUCUUCAAAUCAGCUCACACCAAAACUUUCCAGCUUUACUCCUAUCUAUAUUCUGAAGGAUUCUAUAGAGGGGUUUGUUCAUAUAUCAACCCACAGCUUGAUUUAUAGAACAUUUUAUUCAUAUCAAAAUUGCAACAGCAAAAAAAGGAAUGGUUGUUUUUUAUUGUCGUGGUUUGUUCACCUUUCUGUUCUGGAAAUGAAGGGAAACUGGAGCAUCUUUCAGUAGAUAAUGCCAUAUUUACAUGUUUAAACAACAUUUCAGAAAAAUUGUAACACAAAAAAUAAUAGUUUAUAUGUCAGUAAUCAACUGGGAAGGUUUUAAGAUGAUAUGUACUUGUUUGAUUUUUACCCUAUUCACCUGCAGUGACUCUCCUCAGGUAUAUGGGAUCAUGAAUGAGUUUUCUCUCUAGAGUUAACACGAAGAAACAGAGACACAGUGAUCCUGACCUUUGGCUGUUUUCACAGCCUCCCACUAUGUUGUUUUGUCAGUUUAAGACGUAAAAACUGCCGUAAUUUUCUGAGGAAAUUAGGAAAAAGGAAAUUGGAUCUGUUUUGAGGGAUUUUUCCAUUUGUUUUUUUCUUGCGGUGACUCCCAGAGCUGAAGCACAUUUUGGCACCGAUGCUUAAACACACUCAACACAAAAUUAGAUGUUCUAGGCCAAUUGCUUUAAUCAUCAUUUCCCAAACGGCCGAAAAAACUUUGCACAGCUGUUUAUCAGCAUGUUAGAACGGAGCAUGUCAGCUAAUGAGAGACCCUCUGAGGGAGGAGACGAGCUUGCCAGCCCCCUCCAGCUGAAAGGUUCUUUGUUUCCAAAUGUUGUUUGUCUUAAAGUGACGCUGAUCAACCCCAAAUUCAAUUAAAGUGACAGGUUUAUAUAAUUCCUUUGUUUUUCCUCUUCAACACAAAGAGAGGAAAUGUGAGCUUCCACCGUGAAGUCCAUCCUGCAAAAAGCUCUGAUGCAGUUGCUGAAUUCACCACGAGUGUAACGUUGACGACUGACACUUUCCAGAUCAACGUAUACUGUGGCAUUUCUUUGCACCAGACGCUGUGAAAAGAUUCAUUGCCACAUGUGUGUCACUGAGACCAUUCAGAGUCAUGAAUGAAGAAUUUGAUUUACUUUUGUCUUGAGCUUCAAACAUGAGAGAGAAAAAAAAACGUGUCUAUCAUUGUUCAUGCUUCCAGAAUUUCACCACAAGGUGGCAGCAGAUACACGUGAGUAAACUGAGGCGGGACUGAGCUGACUGACAGCACGAGGAAAAGGUUGUCUCAUCUUCUACCUUUUAUUGAUCUGUCAUUUUUUAAGGUAUCAGGCAGACCUUUAAAUGUAACAAGUGUGUCAUGACGGAUCUCAGCACUUUAGAAUCUUGUGAGGAAUUGUGUUUUUGAGGGAUGGAGGUCUGUUUGUUGAGAGUUGAUAAAGUAUGGCCAGAUAUUUAUUUGUUUUUAAGACAUGAAUUUACAAUGGCAUGACUUGUGUUUGUUUACAAUAAAACAGAAAUAAAUGAUUUACCUAUCA